AAACAGGAAGUGUCUGUCAGCUGACGUCUCACAUGACCUGAGCUGCUUUAGACGCGUUAGCAUCUGCUUUCUGCUUUUCCACCGUUAAAAUCUUCACCUGCGAGGCUCUGUGAUGGCUGGACGCGGCAAAGUUAUAGCCGUCAUCGGCGACGAGGACACAUGCACUGGCUUCCUCCUCGGCGGGAUCGGCGAACUAAACAAGAACCGAAAGCCCAAUUUUCUGGUGGUGGAGAAGGACACUAGCAUCACGGAGAUCGAGGAGACCUUCAAGAGCUUUCUGGCCCGUAGCGACAUCGCCAUCAUCCUAAUCAACCAGUUCAUUGCCGAGAUGAUCCGUCACGCCAUCGACGCCCACAUGCAGUCCAUCCCGGCUGUGCUGGAGAUCCCUUCCAAAGAGCACCCGUAUGAUGCUUCCAAGGACUCCAUCCUGAGGCGGGCCAAGGGCAUGUUCUCUGCUGAGGACUUCCGAUAAUCUCCCCCAACAUGCACGAUGAGCUGGUGCCCCAAUGUUUGUUGUUUAAAAGGCUGAAGUGUAAGUGAUCUUGUGAACUCCCACUCAUUCAUUCCUCAUGACAUCAGGCUUCGCUGUCCUUGGCUUGUCUGAGUGAAGCUUUGUUUCCAGUGGCGGAAGAUAAAAAUAUCAUCUGAUCGUCUGUUGUUUGUCUUGUGUUGGAAAAGAAUAUAUUGUUUUUCAUCAGUCCAGAUGUUUACUUGUAACUUAUUCAGUCAAAAUAAAAAUGUGGAUAUUGUCA